ACCAUCACAAUUUGCAUAGACUCACCCAACAAAGAAAGAAAAAAAACAUGGGUUCCUAUACCAAUGAUAAAGAGAACCAUGUAGUGGAAACUCUCACCCCACAAAUAGAUGAUAGUGGUACCCUCUUAGCCAUGAUUAUAGGUUCCAAUAUGGUGUUUCCUGCAGUUUUUAAAGCUGCAAUUGAACUCAACUUGUUUGAUAUCAUUGCUAAGGAAAUAUCACAUGAAAGUAGUGUUGGAUUUGUGUCGGCUUUCGAAAUUGCCUCAAAGUUACCAAUAACUCAAUACUCCGACUUACCAAAUAGGCUUGACCGUAUGCUGCGCUUACUUGCUAGCCACGGUCUCCUGUCCAUUUCCACUCGGACCAACGAUGAUGGUAGCAUUGUGAGAGUUUAUGCAAUCACACCUGCCGGUAAACACUUUGUCCAUCAUGAAAAUGAGGAUAAUUAUAUGGACGCAUUCACAUCAUAUUUGAAUCACCCAGCUUUCCUAGGAGUGUGGUCGAAUUUGAAGGAAGCAAUUAUAGAACCAGAGAUAAACGUAUUCGAGAAAGUUCAUGGAAUACCUAUCUAUGAAUACUUUGAGAAAGAUCAACAAAUAAACAACUUAUUUAACAAAGCAAUGACUCAAACAUGUGCAAUUCACAUGAAAAUAAUCCUUGAAAUAUACAAAGGAUAUGAAGGAAUAUCAACACUGGUUGAUGUAGGAGGUGGAAAUGGACAAUGUCUCAAAAUGAUUAUAUCCAAAUAUCCAUCAAUAAAGGCAAUCAAUUUUGAUCUCCCACAAGUGAUUGAACAUGCACCACCCUUUCCAGGGAUCGAACAUGUUGGAGGAAAUAUGUUUGAAUGUGUUCCACAAGGAGAUGCUAUAAUGAUUAAGCUUGUGUUCCAUAAUUGGUCGGAUGAAAAAUGCUUAGAAACUUUAAUCAAUUGUCACAAAGCUUUGCCUUCAAAUGGUAAGGUCAUUAUUGUGGAUUUCAUAUCUCCAGAAGAUCUAGAAUCAACAAAUGCAUCUAAGAUGAUUUCAAUUGUUGAUAACAUGAUGUUUAUCACAGCUGGUGGUAAGGAAAGAACUUCAAAAGAAUUUGAAAGUUUGGGUAAACAUUCUGGAUUUUCUAAAUUCCAAGUUGUUUGUCGUGCUUUCUCCAUCCUUGGAGUGAUGGAACUUUACAAAUAAAUAAGUCACACAUCGAUUGUAAUAUGUCAUAUAAAUGUUGCCAUGUAUUUUAAACUUUCUAGGUUUCAAGAUUUUUGUUACAUUUUAUUAUAUUGUGAUGGAGUUUUACUGAAAUAAAUCGCUUUAAUUCCCGUUUAGCACUUCUUGUGUCGGGGAUCGUUUCAAUAUAUCAUGUUGAUUAAAAA